AUGGGCGCUUCCUUCCGCGGCCGGUCACUUCCUGCACGUGCGCGACCGCCGCCCCCGCAGCCGCCCCCACCAGAGACCACCCCCUUCUUCUCGAGGCCCCGACAUUCCUCGCCCGCCCCGGACAACGGUGGCGACUUGCGCACGCAGCGGUGUGCGCCCGGACGUAAACGGGCCCCGCCUGGAGAAUAUAUCGCGGCUGGGACAGCUUCUGGAGAGUCUGGAGCCACCGCCGCCUGUCAGCUGAGCAGGGCGGCUGACCGCACACUGUGCGCUGUGCACCGCAACGCCGACACUGCCGAGGUUAAUGGCUCGGCAAGAGAGACGUCGUUCCGCCGGCAGCUGUGCAUCAGCCGGUGGCAGCGCCUUCGCCCCCGGCUGCUUGCCACUUCACCGCCCCAAACUCCACCACCCCCUCCGCCCCCGCCGCCGCCACUGCCGCCUCCGCCGCUAAUACUCCCCCAGGGAGACACAGUAGGAGCGGCGACGCGAACGAUACCUCGAUCGAUAGUCGUCCGUCGCUACGGCGAUAAGCAAAAACCUCGCACCCGCCUCUUCGGGCGCGCACGUGAUGGAAGGCGGCAGGGAGGACGCGGCAGCUAG